AAAAGUCAAGACAUCAAGACUGACCGUAGAGAGAACAAAAAAAAAAAUCAGUGCGUUUCCUUGCUAUUACAUCAGCAACUAAUCUUUAUUUCUUUUAUUUUUCGUCCAAAAUAUCCGAUAUUCACAUUGAAAUCCGGCUAAUUUAUAUUCACACUGUUAGAAUUUAUUCAUGGAUAGCGCGAGGUGAAGCAACUCUAUCCGCAGCUCCACAACCUAUGUUGGUUCAUCAUCAACUAAUCAUCUCAAUAUCAUAUUUCCUUUUUAUCUUAAGGUAAAAAAGUUCAUCGAGGACAUGACCUUAGAUAGGAAGGUCUGGAGGAUGCGAAUUACGGCAGAGGAUUAGGGCCAGUUCGGAUCGCUAGUGUAGGGAAUUACUUGGUGGUGGUUUUAUUCUUGUCUUGAUUCCGUGUUCCGUGUUCCAUAUUGUAUUACGAAUCUGUGUGCUUUCCCUUCUUUAUAUUACUUAUGGGUGUCGUAUUUAUGUUAUGUAAUCUGCUUUUGUGCUGCACUAUGUGUUUGUGUGGUAUCUCGUGCCUUGAGCCGGGAGUCUAUCGGAAACAGUCUUUCUACUUCAUCAGAGAUAGAGGUAUGGACUGCGUACAUCUUACCCCAGACCCCACUAGGUGGGAAUACACUGAAUUUGUUGUUGUUGUUGUUGCAACUUGAGAUUAUCUUGUCAUUAGAGAUUUAAUUAAAAGAUGAUUUUGCUCGACUUUCAGAAAAUAACACUACUAAGCAACAACAAAAUUAGCAAAAGAAUGCACCAAAAAUUAUUUUGUAGCAACAACAUAGAAGGUGAACAAGCAUCUUUUAGUUUCAGUGAUGACAUCUAGCAAAUAACUAGAAAAUCCCUUACUAAACUUUGAUGUUUCUAGGAAAUCACCUAAAUAUUUCUUUGUUAUCAAAAUUACAUCUUCUUAAAUUCUUCCUUUGUCAGUUAGUACUUUAUAAAGUCAGCCGCCUUUACUAAACCUUCAAGAUUCAUAAACAGAAAAUGAACCGAACCUUUGACUCUCGCACCCCUUCUUGCAUAAAAACUCCACAUAUAGAUAUCUCAUCAAUCGUCAAAACACUUUUUGGGCACAUUAUAAAUGGUUUCUUGAAUCAAAAGAUCCCAUUUUUUUUCCUUUUCUUGGGUAAUAUCAAACGUCACAAGUAAAGUACUUAGGAUGAAGGGUGAUUUGUGGAUUGUGUGUUUGUUGUUCUGUUUGUUUUCUUGGGUACUUUCAGUUUCAUCAGCUCAAAGUAGCACUAACUCGUCUUCAACUUGUCCUUUAGAUUUUGGGUAUGUUUUAAGAGUCCCAUGGUCUAGUUCUAACUGCAAGGUUCUGAAUUCAACUCCUCAGCUUUCCAAUGGUUCUGAUAUUCCCACGUCAGGCAAAGGAAAGUGCUGCCAGAACCUCUUGUCCCUUUUUGGUGUUGCUAUGGCUCAACACCUUAAAGAAACUUCUCUUUUCCGUUUACCCGAUUUGGAAACUUCUGUUUCUUGCCUCCAAGAAUUCCAAUCCAAGCUCAAUUCUUUGUCUUUGCCUUCAAAUCUCACCUCUUUCUGUUUUGACCCUUUUCAGUUUGUUACUAGACCAAAUAUUUGUGCAUCAAUUCUGACCAUCCAAGAUUGGAAUAAAAAGCUGGGGCCUUCAACUGCUCUUGAUUCUGGUUGCAGGUCUGAUUUUGAGGAUUAUACUGACUGUGCUGGUUGUGUGGCUGCUGGCUUUAGAGUUCAGCAACAGUUGAUAGCAAUUGAUGGUAAUUCAUCUCAUUCUACUGAUUGUUUUUACUUCACUGUUUUGUAUGCUGCUGGUAUUGUGAAUGAGUUUGGUCCUGAAAGUACUGGUGCCAUGUCAUGUAUUUUAAGUAUUGAUUUGAAAAACACUAGUUCAUCAAGCAAGCGAAAUUUAGCGUUAAUAUUUGGGUUGGCUGGAGCUGGUAUGGCAGUAUUAUGCAUGUCUUUGGUGUUGGGACUGUAUGUCUGGUGGAACAAAAGGUGGAGGAAAAAUGAUGAUGUGGAAAUGGAAGAUACGGUGUCUAGGCGAAGAAUGAGGCCUAAUACUGCCGUUUGGUUCAAAAUUCAGGAUCUUGAAAAGGCAACUGAUAAUUUUUCCCAAAAGAAUUUUAUAGGGAGAGGUGGAUUUGGAAUAGUUUAUAAAGGAACUUUAGCAGAUGGGACUAAUGUUGCUGUCAAAAAGAUAAUAGAAUCUGAUUUUCAAGGAAAUGAUGAGUUUUGCAAUGAGGUUGAGAUUAUUAGUAACUUGAAGCAUCGUAAUCUUGUACCGCUUAGGGGGUGUUGUGUGACUGAUGGGAACCGGAUUGAAAGUGGGGAGAGUGAAAGAUAUCUCGUCUAUGAUUACAUGCCCAAUGGAAAUCUUGAUGACCAUUUAUUUGCUGUAAAUCAAGGUGGAAUACUGAAGCAACCAUUGACUUGGCCCCAGAGGAAAAACAUAAUUUUGGAUGUGGCAAAAGGACUAGCUUAUCUGCGUUAUGGGGUAAAGCCAGCAAUUUAUCACAGGGAUAUUAAAGCUACUAAUAUUCUGUUAGAUGUUGAUAUGAGAGCGAGAGUGGCUGACUUCGGGUUGGUUAAGCAAAGUAGAGAAGGAGAAUCUCAUCUUACCACCAGAGUGGCAGGAACGCAUGGGUACUUAGCUCCUGAAUAUGCUCUCUAUGGGCAAUUGACUGAGAAGAGCGAUGUUUAUAGCUUUGGAGUUGUUGUUUUGGAAAUAAUGUGUGGAAGGAAGGUCCUUGAUUUCUCUUCAGGAUCGCCUCGUGAUUUUCUGAUCACAGAUUGGGCUUGGUCGAAGGUAAAAGCUGGAAAGAUAAAUGAAAUUUUGGAUAGCAUCCUAGUAAAGACUGAGGAUUCAGUAAGUUCAAAUCCAAGGGCUAUAAUGGUGAGAUUUCUCCUCGUUGGAAUAUUAUGUGCCCACGUGAUGGUGGCCUUGAGGCCAACUAUAUUGGAUGCACUGAAAAUGUUAGAAGGAGAUAUUGAGGUUCCUGAAAUUCCAGAUAGACCAGCACCUCUUGGACAACCUUCAUUUUAUAAUGCUAAAGGUAACACAUUCAGCAUAUCACCAGCCUUGAGUUGCUUGCAACUGCCUGCUGGAGACAUGCUCAGGUGACAAUAUGAGUUUCUCAUAUUGCAUCCAUUUCUUGCUUGUUGAGAUUGGGAAAGCUAAUGAAGUUUCUGUAGAGUUGAACCUGGGAAAUGAGAGCUUGCGAAACUUUUUGAUUGAAGAAUAUAUGUCGGAGACUUCUGUUUCUUCCAUUUCCAGUGAAGGAGACAUAUUUAGAAAUCUCAAAUGUCGAAUGAAAUCAGACAUACCAUCUACUUGCACUCCAGCUUAAAACACCAUGAGUACAUUUAGUUUGAUGCCUAUUCGAUGGAAGACAAGGAUGUAGGUAAUUGGAAAAUAGUGUUGAAAUUUUGGAAGAUGUCAGAAUUUUUUCUCUCUUUCAUUCUUACCAACAACCCUGAACUUUUGACAAUCUUCUUAGGCAAACAACAGAUUUUCUUUUGCUUUCCAUUUCUUUAUAGGUAUGUAUAAAUAUAUAUAUAUAUUGUAAAAGUUAGUAAUAGCUGAUAUUCCUCUGUAAUAUAGCUAGCCGUGGUGCCUUGUGAUGUAUGUUGCCUUUAAAGUCAUAUAUCUACAUAUUUAUGUUUCAAGGUUCUUGAAAAGCCAUUCCCUACC